AUGGAAGACAAACCUGAGCAAACUCAAGUAUCAGUAACAAGUGAAAAGAAGAAAGACCCAAAAAGAGUAGCCGCAGGAAAACGAUUAGCUGCAAUCAGCAAAAUAGCAAAGGAGAGGAAAAAGAAACUUGAAGAACCUAGGGAGUCAUCUAGUAAUACCAUUAUCACAUAUGUAGGAGUGGCUAUCGCAUUGAUAUCUCUUAUUCUAGCAUAUAAUCAGCAUCAGAGGGAAACAAAGGAACCAGAGUCUAAGUACAUCCCUGAAACUGUAGAAGUAACUAGGAAGGCUGACGCGUCUAAGUUAGAUUCACUUGAAUGA